AUGGCAUGUAGCUACUCAUCAAAUCCUCCAUGUGCUGCUUGCAAGUUUCUAAGAAGAAAAUGCAAUGAAGAAUGCAUAUUCGCACCCUAUUUUCCACCAGAAGAGCCUCACAAGUUUAUAAACGUUCACAAAAUAUUUGGAGCAAGUAAUGUGAGCAAAAUUCUGAAUGAAGUAUUACCUCACCAAAGAGAAGAUGCAGUGAACUCUUUAGCCUAUGAAGCUGAAGCAAGGAUUAAAGAUCCAGUUUAUGGCUGUGUUGGAGCUAUUUCAGUUCUUCAAAAACAACUUCUUAGCCUUCAAAAAGAACUUGAUGCUACUCAUGCUGAUUUGAUUAGGUUUAAUCAUCAACCUUCUUCUUCUCUUGGUCUUGGACAUGGCCACUCUCUGCCUUUUUUUAAUUAUCCUUCUAAUUAA